GCCCCGCGCGGCGCGGGCCAAUGAGGAGCGCGCGUCUUGCAGCGGCGCGCAGGCGCGCUGGAGGGGGCGGCCGCGGAUUCAUGUGGAGGAGGGCUCCGGAGCGGGGGCUGCAGCGCUGAGAUGGCUGCCAAGGUGUUCGAGAGCAUCGGGAAGCUCGGCCUGGGCUUGGCUGUGGCGGGGGGAGUCGUCAACUCCGCUCUUUACAACGUGGACGCAGGGCACAGAGCUGUGAUCUUCGACCGCUUCCGGGGCGUGCAGGACGUGGUGGUGGGCGAGGGCACCCAUUUCCUGAUCCCCUGGGUGCAGAAACCCAUCAUCUUCGACUGCCGCUCGCGGCCCCGCAACGUGCCCGUCAUCACCGGCAGCAAAGACCUGCAGAACGUGAACAUCACGCUGCGCAUCCUGUUCCGGCCCGUGACGGCGCAGCUGCCGCGCAUCUUCACCAGCAUCGGCGAGGACUACGACGAGCGCGUGCUGCCCUCCAUCACCACCGAGAUCCUCAAGUCCGUGGUGGCGCGCUUUGACGCGGGCGAGCUGAUCACGCAGCGGGAGCUGGUGUCCCGGCAGGUCAGCGAGGACCUCACGGAGCGCGCGGCCACCUUCGGCCUCAUCCUGGACGACGUGUCCCUGACCCACCUGACCUUCGGCAAGGAGUUCACGGAGGCGGUGGAGAUGAAGCAGGUGGCGCAGCAGGAGGCAGAGCGGGCCAGGUUCAUCGUGGAGAAGGCCGAGCAGCAGAAGAAGGCGGCGGUGAUCUCUGCGGAGGGCGACUCCAAGGCCGCGGAGCUGAUUGCCAACUCGCUGGCCACGGCGGGGGACGGGCUGAUCGAGCUGCGCAAGCUGGAGGCGGCCGAGGACAUCGCGUACCAGCUGUCGCGCUCGCGCAACAUCACCUACCUGCCCUCGGGACAGUCCGUGCUGCUGCAGCUGCCCCAGUGAGCCCUGCCCGCCCGGGGAGCGCCGGCCAACGCAGGGGGCAAGAAAUCAGUGCAAUUUCCUCGCGGAGGAAACGGAAAUUUGGAGAUUGUGGAGGGAUUUUUGGUGUGGUUUUUUUUUUUUGGAUGGGUAAUCAAAUAAAAGUGAACGCUCGCGACGCCA